AUGACCUCCCCAAUUCGCGUCACAGUCCUUAUAUCCGGCAAUGGCUCAAACCUGCAAGCUGUGAUCGAUAAAGUAGCCGCAGGUCAGAUAAACGCAACAAUCGUCCGUGUAAUCUCCAACCGCAAGACCGCAUUUGGCCUUGAGCGCGCAAGCAAGGCCAAUAUCCCAACCGAAUACCACAACCUUGUCAAGUACAAGAAGCAGCACCCUGCAACACCAGAAGGUGUUCAGCUUGCGCGCGAGGAAUACGAUGCUGAGCUCGCGAGGCUGAUCCUCGCCGACGCGCCGGAGCUGGUCGUGUGUCUCGGCUUCAUGCACAUUCUUUCACCGCAGUUCUUGGAGCCUCUUGAAGCUGCUAAGACGAGGAUUAUCAACUUGCAUCCCGCGCUGCCAGGGGCGUUCAAUGGCGUUAAUGCGAUUGACCGUGCUCAUGCUGCUUGGCUGGACGGCCAGAUUGACAAGACCGGUGUUAUGAUGCACGAUGUCAUUUCUGAGGUGGAUAUGGGCACACCAAUCCUGGUGCGGGAGAUCCCUUUCCGGAAGGGUCAGGACGAGAACCUCGAGGCCUUUGAAACCCGGGUCCAUGAAACCGAGUGGGCAAUCGUCGUUGAAGGAGUGGAUAAAGUGGUGAAGGAAUUGAUUGCCCAGAAACAAAAAGCCUCGAGUGCAUGA